AUGGCUCCUGCUGCGACAAACACGAAUUGGUCUGUCGACUUCGAGACCCUCAGGCGGCAUGACCUCUUUAAGAACCCGCCGAAGGACCAUACGGCGUUCCCGUCGUUGGCCGAGUCGAUCUAUCCUCACAUCCACUCUUUCAAUGCACUUUUCGGAGACAGCAAGGUCAUUGAAGCUGGUCUGAAGGACAUCGGCACCAAAACCUUCCUGGACGGAGAGCUUGAGUCGCCGCAAGAGAAGAAGGUCCGCCUCGCGGAGGGUCGUCUGCCGCCGAAGCGCAACAAACUCAACGUCCGGGUCAGAGAGGUUUUUCUCGACAAGCCCGCCCUGCCGUUGGCGAACAAGUUCGCUACGCGCAACCGCAACAUUUACCCUUCCGAAUGUCGCGAGCGACAUGCAACCUACCGUGGGAAGCUUCGUGCCCGGCUAGAGUACCAGGUCAACAAUGGUGAUUGGAAGGAGUCCGUGAGAGAACUGGGCCAAGUGCCCAUUAUGAUGAGGACCAACAGGUGCCACCUCGAGAAAGCCACCCCCGAUGAGCUCGUCGACCACAAGGAAGAGUCUGAGGAACUCGGCGGUUAUUUCGUUGUCAACGGCAACGAGAAGUUGAUCCGUAUGCUUAUCGUCGGCAAGAGGAACUACCCUAUGGCGAUCAUCCGUGGCUCCUUUGUCAAACGUGGUCAUACAUAUACCAAGUUCGGUAUUCAAAUACGAUCUGUGCGCCCCGAUCAAACCUCGCAGACCAACGUUCUCCACUACCUCAGCGACGGAAAUGUCACCUUCCGGUUUUCUUGGAGAAAAAAUGAAUACCUCAUCCCUAUCGUGAUGAUCUUGAAGGCUCUCGUGGAGACCAAUGAUCGCGAUAUCUUUGAGGGCAUCGUCGGCAGUGCUGCGUCCAAGGGCGUGGAGAACACCUUCAUUACCGACCGCGUGGAACUGUUGCUGAGGACGUACAAGGCAUAUAAUCUCAACGGCCGCGCAUCUUCCCGUGCCUACCUGGGCGAGAAGUUCAAGCCCGUUCUUGGGGUCCCGGCCGAUAUGUCCAACGAGGACGCCGGAACAGAGUUCUUGCGCAAGAUCGUCUUACCGCACCUUGGAAACCAGAACGUGACGGAGUCGCAAGACUAUGACAAAUUCAAGAUGCUCAUGUUCAUGAUUCGCAAGCUGUAUGCCUUGGUUGCCGGUGACUGUGCCCCGGAUAACCCUGAUGCCGUGUCGAACCAGGAGGUUCUCCUCGGAGGCUUCCUCUACGGUAUGCUUCUGAAGGAGCGACUGGAGGAAUGGCUGAGAUCGCUGGGGCCCAUUGCGCGCGACUACUGCAACCGCAGCGGUGCCAAGUUCACGGAUCCUGCGUUCGAAAAGGAAUUCUUGGCCAAGGUUGUCAAACGUUCGAAUGAAAAUAUUGGAGGUGCCUUGGAAUAUUUCCUGUCCACUGGCAAUCUUGUCAGUCCGACCGGUUUGGAUCUGCAGCAAGCAUCCGGCUACACCGUCAUGGCGGAAAAGAUUAACUUCUACCGAUUCAUCAGUCACUUCCGCAUGAUCCACAGAGGUAGCUUCUUCGCACAGCUGAAAACAACCACGGUUCGAAAGCUGCUCCCAGAGAGUUGGGGUUUCCUGUGUCCGGUUCACACUCCUGAUGGAUCUCCCUGUGGCUUGCUGAACCACCUCUCGCACAAAUGCCUGAUCUCCACGAGCGACCUGGACGUCUCUCAUGUUCCUCGGCUACUGGCGCAGCUCGGUGUUCGAGCUGACUCUUCGGUAUCGCUUGAUGAAAGUGUCACCGUUCAGCUGGACGGCCGAGUCAUCGGAUACUGCACGCCGAAACAAGCUCGCAUGGUCGCCGACACCUUGCGGUAUUGGAAGGUCGAGGGCACCCACCAAAUCCCUCUGGAACUGGAGAUCGGUUAUGUUCCCAACUCGAAUGGUGGACAGUACCCUGGUAUCUACAUGUUUUCCCAGUCUGCCCGUAUGUACCGACCGGUCAAGUAUCUGGCUCUGGAGAAACUUGAUUAUGUCGGACCGUUUGAGCAACCUUUUAUGGAGAUUGCUUGCCUCGAGUCGGACCUGGUCGCUGGAGUGUCGACUCACAUUGAGUUUACCCCGACUAAUAUCCUCUCCAUUGUGGCCAACAUGACACCUUUCUCCGAUUAUAACCAGUCUCCCCGUAACAUGUACCAGUGCCAGAUGAGCAAGCAGACCAUGGGUACUCCCGGGACUGCCAUCGCUUAUCGUACAGACAACAAGUUGUACAGAUUACAAACUGGUCAAACCCCGAUUGUUCGACCACCGCUCUACAAUGCCUACGGACUGGAUAACUUCCCGAACGGAACCAACGCGAUCGUGGCCAUCAUUUCGUACACGGGCUAUGACAUGGACGACGCCAUGAUUAUCAACAAAUCAGCCCACGAGCGCGGGUUCGGAUACGGUACCAUCUACAAGACCAAGAUCCACUCCCUCGAUGAGAAGGAUUCCCGGAGAGGAAAAUCAAAGCACGAGAUCACUAAGCUCUUUGGCUUCGCGCCGGGAGACAUGAUCAAGGCUGAAUGGCGCAAGACCCUUGAUGAAGACGGUCUCCCCCAUGUUGGCGCUCGAAUGACCGAAGGAAGUCUUGUCGCCGCGUGGCACUCUGUGCGCUAUGAUCCUACCACCAACUCCUAUACGAAUGUUGAUGGCGUCACCCACUUUGUCAAAUACAAGGACGCCGAAGGCGGCUACAUUGACAGCAUUCGACUCAUGGGCCACGAGAACGGAACCGACCCCUGCCAGUCGCUGAGCGUCAAGUACCGGAUUCCCAGAAAGCCCAUUAUUGGUGACAAGUUCUCGUCGCGUCACGGUCAGAAGGGUGUCUGCUCUCAGCUUUGGCCUGCUGUUGACAUGCCCUUCUCGGAAAGCGGCAUGCAGCCCGACUUGAUCAUCAACCCUCACGCUUUCCCUUCUCGUAUGACAAUCGCCCAGAUGAUUGAGUCUAUGGCCGGUAAAGCCGGUGCUCUUCAUGGUCACCCACAGGACUGCACGCCCUUCCAGUUCUCCGAAGAGAACACGGCCACCGACUACUUCGGCCAGCAGCUUCGCAAAGCCGGAUAUAACUACUACGGUAACGAGCCCCUGUACAGUGGAAUCACGGGCAAGGAGUUUGCGGCAGACAUCUACAUGGGUGUAGUCUACUACCAGCGUCUGCGUCACAUGGUCAACGACAAGUUCCAGGUCCGAACCACCGGCCCCGUCAACGGCGUCACCGGCCAGCCUGUCAAGGGUCGUGCAAAGGGUGGUGGUAUCCGUGUCGGUGAGAUGGAGCGUGACUCGCUGCUUGCCCACGGAGCGGCUUUCCUGCUCCAGGACCGUCUCAUGAACUGCUCGGAUGCCCAGCGCUCCUGGAUCUGCCGCGACUGCGGCUCCUUCCUCUCCACACAGGUCGCUGUCUCCUCCGUGGGAUCCAGCAAGGCCCGCGCUGCCAUCAAACCGGGCUCUGGCGCCGCCGCCGCCGCCGCCGCUGCCGCUAACGCCGCCACCGCGGCGCCGACCCAGCAACAAAAGCAGAACUCGUCUUCCUCUGCAUCUGCAGCUCUGGGAGGUCUCACGGGUAUUGUCCGCUGCCGCCGCUGCGCGCGCGAGGCCGUCUUCGAGGACUCGCGUGCCGAUGUCUGGGAGGACGGCGACGGCAGACGCUACGUCGGCGGAGAUAACGUCACCGUCGUCGCUGUGCCGGGCGUCCUGCGCUACCUGGACGUCGAGCUGGCUGCUAUGGGGAUCCGUAUGAAGUUCUGGGUGGAUAAUUAA